AUGACCGUGAAAAGUCUCAGCCAGAUGACCCUGCUGGACUCUUUCAUGCGAGAAACCCUCCGCACCAAAGGCGAUUCUUGGGGCCCUGUUCGGCAAACAACAAAGCCCGUGCGCAUCGGGCCUUAUGUACUUCCUAAGAACGCCAUAUGUAUGGUACUAAUCGCAAGAGCCCAUGAGCAUCCCGACAAUUAUGGAACUGAGGGAAAGGCCUUCAAUGGGUUCCAGUGGGAGAAGAAAGGCCAAGCAGCUGUGCAGUCUAGUCCAUCCUUUUUGACAUUUGGAAUGGGCAGAUGGGCGUGUCCUGGUCGACAGUUGGCGGUCCAUGAGAUCAAAAUCAUAAUCUACCUGUUUUUCUCCAAAUUUGACAUCAAAAUCAAAGAUGGUAGUUUCAAGGUGACAAAUACGAUCAACACAACUUCGGUUCCGCCAGAAGCCACUUUGCUGCUGAGGAGGAGGCUAUAA